AUGGAUGGGACCCAGAACCUGUCUAGGACCACCAAAGUCUUCCUCUCCCCCUCACAUUGCUCUUUGUCUCUGCGCGGCCCCAGUAAUUAGGGCACCGUGGGUGGAUCCCUGAGGGUGCAGUGUCGGUACCAGAAGGAAUAUGAGGCAUUUAACAAAUACUGGUGCAGACAGCCGUGCUUGCCACUUUUCUCUGAUGUGGAGACCAGCGCCUCCAGGAGAGAGGUGAGGAGAGGUCGAGUGUCCGUCCUGGACCAUCCUGGAAACCUCACCUUCACAGUGACCUUGACGAAUCUCACUGCAAACGAUGCAGGAAAAUACAGGUUUGGGAUUUCCACGCUACUGAUGGAAGAGGGGCUUCCUGGCUUCUUGCCUGAACCCUUUUUCCAGGUUCAAGUGUUUGUUUCCCCAGCCUCCAACAGCAGGAGCUCUGCAAGGACGCCUGGACCUCCCAGCCAAGACCCAGGGUCCCUGCUCAGCAGUGUCCACUUCCUGCUCCUCAUAUUCCUGAAGGUGCCCCUGCUCCUGAGCAUGCUCAGUGCUGUCCUCUGGGUGAACAGGCCUCAGUGGGCAACUUGUGAGGAAACCCAGUUUGGCUAA